UUCAUUUCCUUUUUGAAUUUUCUGACAUUCUCUGGCUCCCAUUAAAAAAUUUAAGAAAAGGAUCAAACGUGCGAUACCGAUGUAUCAUAUUGGAGUUUCAGCGGCCUAUAUAAUACCUGUUUCCAUUGGUGAAAAGCAUAUAUCGAUUUAAUUUCCGAAUCAUCUUCUCUCCUAAUUUUGUCAGCAUCAUGUGCCCGAAUCGCCGGAUCCGUAAAAAGCUUCCGCAAGUGUUCAUCAGUUUCCGUGGAAAGGAGCUUCGCCUCCGCUUCUCCAGCCACCUCUUUGAUGCGUUCAGACGGCGAGGGAUCGAUUUCUUCAUCGACGAACACGAACUGAGGGGCAAGGAUCUCAAGCACCUAUUCACGAGGAUCAAAGAGUCGAGGAUCGCGAUCGUGAUCUUCUCCAGGAGAUUCGCGCGGUCCCGUUGGUGCCUGAACGAGCUCGCAAAGAUCAACGAGCGCGUGGAAAUGGGGAAGCUCGAGGCCAUCCCCAUCUUCUACAAUGUGGAAACAUGCGACUUGAAACAACUGACGGGAAGGUUUGGCGACAAUUUCCGGAAGAGGGCAAAGAAAGAUGGGCGUAAAAGAACCAAGAGAUGGAUGAAAGCUUUGGAGUCGAUUUCGGGGAAGUUCGGCCUGGAGUUGGGCAAGAACAGCUCUGAGUCGGAUUUUAUCAAGAAAAUUGUCAUGGAGGUUGAGAGAGCGCUUAACGCCAUUCCAUAAGAGAAAGGCCUCGAUCUAGCGCCUACGGCAUGAGUCUCCUCCCUCCCCAAUAAGAAAAUAAUCCAGAAAACUCGAGUGAUAAUAAGUGUGUGUACGCUUGAAUUUGUGUAUGGGUUGCUGACGUCAUCAAGCGCACGCAGAUGGUGUCCAUGCAAAUGUAUAUAUAUCUUGUAUGGGAGUGUCAUACAUUCGUAUUCCCGCCGAAAUGUAUUCGAA